CUGCUGCUGCCAGAGGCGCGCCGAGCCGCCCGGCCCGGCCCGGCAGGAGCCCAGGAUGCUGGCUUUUAACCUUGGUAUCAAAUUAUGUUCCUGGGCAGAAUCUCUGAAUACACGCAGCCUCCACCGUUACUAGGAGCAGCUACUGAGGAAGGAAGCCACCGAGUGUUUUAAAGCAAAGAAGUGUUUGUGCUGCUACACAUCUGUGGGGGUUGCUGAGGCAGCAUCAAGAGAAGGAGCUCUCAGCUGCUGCGAUGCAGAGCAUCAAGUGCGUGGUGGUGGGUGACGGAGCCGUGGGCAAAACUUGUCUCCUGAUCUGCUACACGACCAACGCCUUCCCCAACGAAUACAUCCCCACCGUCUUCGACAACUACAGUGCCCAGAACACGGUAGACGGCAGGACUAUCAACCUUAACUUGUGGGACACGGCUGGCCAGGAGGAAUACGACCGCCUCCGGACACUCUCCUACCCACAGACCAACGUCUUCAUUAUCUGCUUCUCGAUCGCCUGCCCGCCCUCCUAUGAGAACGUGAAGCACAAGUGGUAUCCGGAGGUGUGCCAUCACUGCCCCGACGUGCCAAUCCUCUUGGUGGGCACCAAGAAAGACCUCCGGACCAACCCGGAUACCUUGAAGAAGCUGAAGGAGCAGAGCCAGUCGCCUAUCACCACGCAGCAGGGCAUCAGCCUCGCCAAGCAGAUCCACGCCAUCAAGUACCUGGAAUGCUCCGCGCUCAACCAAGAUGGGAUCAAAGAUGUCUUCACGGAGGCUGUGAGAGCGGUCCUCAGCCCUACUCCUGCCAAGCCCAAAAAACCCUGUGUGCUGUUGUGAAGGACGCUGCAACACGCGCCCCCCCACCCCCGGAGAUCUCGACCGGGCAGGCCUCCCCCCCACCCACGACCCACAGCUCCCCAUCUUGGUUUCCUCCCCCAGUGAUGUCAAGACAUUGCCUGACUCUACCGUUUUGGCAGCUCCUGCUCCCCAGCCUGUUUCCUUCUCAGAAAGGAUAAGCUCACCUGGACACACCACUAUGGAGAUGAUAAUAGUCCCGGUUAAUAAGAAAUGGCUGAGCAGCCCUCUUGGCACUCAUAGAUGCUUUGUUUGUCUGAGAUAAGGCUCCUGCAUUGAUGGCGUGCUGCCUGCAUGGCUGCGCGGGGCUCCUUUCUGCCUUGGGCUUCCACAAAAGCUCUGGCUAAUGUGAAGGUUUGUCAGACAUGCUUGGUGGGAUGGACAGCCCGGGAAGGCAAGGGGAGGAGGCCAGGGGCCGCUGCCCCUCUACCCAUGGGAACAGGCGCUGGGCACCCAACUGGAGAGCCCCUCUGCCUCUGUACAGGAGUCUCUGGCCAGUGGAACUGAGAUAACCGCUGGCUUCCUAAGGGCUGCUGAUGACGAAUCUGCCUUGGGGGGGGGGGGGCUUUCUUAUUCUGUACCUGGGUGGGGGGAGGGUGAGUUCGUGCUUCUUCAGAGCUCAUUUCCCAGUCCCCCCCCUCCCCACUCACUCACACUUCCUUCCUGACUUUCUCAAAAUGGAUCCCCAGUGGCCCUCCUCUUCAACCGCUGCACCUAAAAUACCUUCUUGCUUGAGACUGUGUCUGUCAGCUCGCUUACCCAGAGAGGUCUGGCCUUGGUUUGUAACCUGUGGCUCAUCUGUGCUCUUGGCUGCACACGUGUGUUCCUCUCCUACAGAUGAGAUGGAGAGAUGCGAGCCCAAGGGGCGUUCUGCGGCCGCUUCCUUCUAAAAAAAGCACUUCUGGCCUCUCCCCGUCUGAGCAGAGGGGGAUCCUUCCAAUGACGGCCUCCCAGGCUGUGUGUGUAUUUUGCGGGGCAAGGAGGGAACAAAUGGCCUCCCCAAACCUGCCAUUUCAAUAAACUAUCUUUCACAAAUGUGCAUCUCUGGGCUUAUUUCCAUAAUUUCUUCUGCCAUGGAGAGAUGACAGAAAAAAAAAAACGGGGGCCCCAGCCCACUUCCCCUUCUGGCUUUAUUUGGCAUUGCGGGUACAGGCAUCGCUGAUCUCAUCAAUCCUAUGAGCCAGAAAUCAGCGACAGUUUUCUGGGCAUAAGCUUUCGAAAGUCAGAGCUCCCUUCUUCUUCACUUGUCUCUGAAGCAGGAAGCUCUGUGUCUCGAAAGCUUAUACCCUGGAAAUUUCGUUAGUCUCUAAGGUGCCACUGGACUCAGAUCCUCUGUUCUACUGCAGACCAACACGGCUACCCACCCCAAAAAAAGGGGCUAGAAACUUGCUUUGCCUUUCUUUAAAAAGGAGAUUUCUCCAGAUGCUGGCUGCCACCAACGGUUCUUGGAGGUCAUGCUUUGGGGCAGGCAAUGCAUUGGCACCUGCCAAACACAAAAGACUCCUGAUCACAUCCUAGAAUCCUCAGUUUAGUUUCCCAGUCCUUUCGGGGCAGGGAGCCAGAUCCUGUGCCUUAGCCCUUUGCCGUGGCCGUGCAGCCGUCUGCUUUUCUUCGGGUGAUGCUGGAAGGACAAGUCCUUGUUUGGCUUCUGCUUUGAGGGGGCAGAGGGGGGGCUACAGCCCUCCAAUCCAAGGAGGGCCUCUCCUUUCAGGGAGCAAGGACCCUUCUCCUCCCCACAAUGGGGUUUGGGGCUUUCUUCUUUAAACUGUGUUAUGCCCGGUCAAUCAGCCCCAAAU